UAGCACUAACUGCAUCUGGCGUAAUUUGACUUUUCAUUCAUCGUCUUCAUUGAUGAGAAUAUUCAGUAGUUUACAAAUUCACGUCUCUGAAGGUUUACGAGAACAAAUUAGCAUCUCACACGAGUGUGUUAAAACCAUUUCGAUAAGAAAACAAGCUUCAUUCUAUAUCAACAACCUUCGCAGACCUAAUGGCUUAUCAGGGCGGAUAUCCAGGGCAGCAGUACGGAGGCUAUGGCCAACAGCAGCCGGGUGGCUAUCCGGGACAAUUUGGAGGCUACGCCCCUCCGCCUCAACAGGCAGCGGUCAGUCCCGAAAUUCAGAACAUUUUCCGUAACGUCGAUAAGGAUAAUUCCGGGAAGAUCAAUAGCCUGGAACUGCAAGCUGCCUUAAUCAACGGUCGGGGUGACCAUUUCUCCGAUACGGCGUGCAACAUGAUGAUCGGCAUGUUUGAUCGGGACCGCAGCGGAACGAUUGACAUUUACGAGUUUGAGAAGCUGUACAACUAUAUCAACCAAUGGCUGCAGAUUUUUAAAACUUACGACCGGGAUGCUUCCGGCCACAUUGAGGAAGCGGAACUAUCGCAAGCACUGACCCAAAUGGGAUUCCGAUUCUCACCACAGUUUAUCCAGUUCUUGAUCGUGAAAAAUGACCCGGUCCAUCGGAAGGAUAUCUCCGUUGAUCAAUUCAUAGUCACUUGCGUCCAGAUUCAACGUUUCACCGAAGCGUUCCGUGCUAGGGACACCGAGCAGAAGGGAGUGAUCACAAUUGGAUUUGAAGAUUUUCUAAACGUUGCUCUAACCACCACAUCUUAAAAUUGGGAAUCUGAGGCUUAUGUUGACCGAGAUAUAUGCAUUCGAAAGAACCACUAUUAAGUUUAUAAUGCUAUAAAUCAACUAUUGAAUCUGACCAGAUCAGGAGUUUCUAACGACGUAUUGCUGCUGGCAUUCGAAAAUAGUAUUGCAGAAGGCUAAUUCCCGAUCGUCGGGGAAAGUUGUACACUAUACGAGUUAAUUUUCUUCUACUUUGACUAUACAUAUAUUUAUUUUAGAACAAAGCAUUUUAGCAUGUUCCAUUAGGUAUGCGCAAUCUUACGAGAUUCACACAGCUUGAGGUCGCGAACGUUAUUUUGGUAAUAAAUCUGAACGGUAGGUUUAUACCUACCAACUAAUCGAUAA